AUUGUGGUUAUAUAUUUAAUAAUACGUAGUUGGUAAUAGAUAUGAAGACAUUUUUAUAAAGUUAAAAGGGUUAUUUUAAAUAGUGAAUGUUGGUUCAAUCAUGGUGUUGAAGAAGAAAGCGCCCAGAGUGGAGCCUGUGGUUUUGGACAGCGUUGAGCUGAAGAUCCUGACCACUUCACUCUCUGUAGAUGGACAUGAUGAUUCCAGGAAGCUUGCUCAGGUGCUAAAUGCCUGUUUGACCUCCAUUGACCCAGUUCAGCAGGUCCAGCUCGUGUCUAAGGCAGGCUCCAUGCUGGAACACAUGGUAGAGGCUGAGGCUCCACCAGAUCCUUUACUCGUUACCUGCUUGGACACUCUGGCAGUAAUAUACACAAACACACUGCAGGCUAAGAACCCACUGAGGAGAGCUGUGGCCAGUGCUUUGGGUAAUGUUCCUGACUGGCUACGGGAGAAAGCAGUGUGCUGUCUAUGUGAGCGCCUGACUGCGUCCCUGUCCUCUUGUAGCUCUGAGCACUACUCUCAUCUCACGGAGAGCAUCACUUCCUGUCUGGAUUCUUUCCCUAUUGGAGAGGAAUGUGUUCAUCGCCUAAUAACAGAAGUGCUUCACUUUUUCCAAAAGGCUGUCGGUGAAUAUCUAGAGCAAAACAGAGGUCUGGCCGGUCGUCAUGUAGCUCAAGCCCAGCUCAUGCAAAGCUGCCUUGCAGUGGUCAAAGCCUCCAUGUUGGUAGUUCAGAGAUCUCAGGAAGUGAUCAGUGCUGUCCAGCUGAAAAUGUCAAAUAGCAGCGCUCUGCAACAAGCGUUCAGUGGACUCCUGCAGUGUUAUACUCAAAUUCUCACUGAUGAGGAGUUUGUUCAGGCAGUGCAAAGCACAGCUGGGAUGGCUGUAGUACUGUUAAUAAGGUCUGUCAUGGGAAAUGGAGAGGGUGUAGCUGUUAUGGUGGCAGGCCUGUUGCAGUGUGCCCAGCAGGAAGGAGACAGUGCCCCUCAGUGGUUGAAAGAGAGUUGUACAGGCCUGUAUGUAAGCAACAGGCCGGCUGCACUGGCUCUGUAUCUGAGCCACGGAGCCCUGGCUAUGCUCAACUGGAAAGGAAGGACACUGGGCUUACAGGAUGAGAAACUGCUGCUCCUCAUCCCUGAAGUCAUCCUGUCUCUUGAUGCAAGAGUGAAGGAGUCCAGCACUGUAAUGGUUGUAUCAAGAGUUCUAUCUCUAUGGAGCAGUGCUGCUUGUGACUGCCUCCAAGCUGAUCCCCAACCUUCUCUCCUCUGCCAAUCACUCCAAGGCGAUUGCCAGCUGCCCUCACGCCUCCUCCGCCACGUUUACGCCCAUUGGGAGCACCCAUUGGACGGUGUGCGCCACCAAACCCGUAUCCUCUUCCGAAACCUCCUUCUUGUUCAUCAGCACUGUGGUGACCCUGCUUCUGACCCGACCUCUGACCCUUACAUUAAGCAGCUGACUCAUAGCCUGCUGGCACUAGACUGGCAUACGAAAGGCAAGUAUGGCUCACUGGCAUCUCUGGCUGAGCACUUGGGUGCUGAGUACCUUCUCAAGCUUGAUGCCAGUCUGCCUUCCAGACUGUUAGCACUUAUGGGUGAUCAGACGCUCGCAACAUACUCCAGUGAGCUGUUGGAGAAGCUGUUUGUGAGUCACAAGGGCCAGCUUUGUGCCCAGUCCAUGGACGAUCAGGGGUGGAUGAAUGCCUGGCACAAGACGUGGGUAAUCCCGCUGCUGGAGGUGCUGUGCAUAGCCAGGCCAGAGCAGACCACUUAUAUACUGGAUUACUUUCUGCCCAAACUGUUGCGCUGUAACCCUGCUAGUUUAGGGUGCAUGGUGCAGGCGCUGCAGGACAUGCCUUCCGGCUCAGAUGGCUCUAUAGGUAGCAGAGGAGCACUGGGUGCAUUGAUGACAUGUCUGCGUGCUGCCAGAGCUCAGGGAGUCCUCAAACCUGAUGAUGAGCAACUAUGGGGUACAAUGGUACCUCUUCCAAUACUAAAGCAAGCUCUAGUCCACAAACAUGACCAGGUGCGUGUGGAUGCCCUCGGAUUGGUGUGUGAAAGCCAUCGCAGCACAGAGACUCUGUCCACACAUGAAAUGGAACUGAUCCGCCACUUCUUGCCCAGCAACUUGAACAGCCAGUCCCCUGGAGUCAGACAGCAGACGGUCAGCCUGUUCAAGAAGCUCCUGUGUAGGCUGAAGGAGAGUACUCAGUCAUUGCAGAAGAAGCUGGCACAGGAGAAAGAUGAGCAACAGAAAGAGAGAGACAAGCACAUCCUCAGAACAUACAGGGAGUUUCUCUGCUGGUUCUGUGAGAGUUUGUUCCAGGUGCUGCAGCCUGGAGUCUCCUUCUCCAGUUGUUUGGUGACUCUACAGCUAAUGGGGCUGGUGGCCGAUCAUUUCUCUUUCAGCAUGGACCCAGAAAGUUUUGCUCUGGGAGGAUGUGUGACUGUUUCACAUGCACAGGCUGUCCUCUACUGCCUGUCCAGUAACUUCCUGGAGGUGAAACAGCUGGCCUGUACACUGCUGCAAAAACUCCCUUCCAAAACAGUCGGCUUACAGGAGCCGGCAAGGCUUCAGUCUGUGCUCCAGGCAGCUCUAGACCUCAGCACCAGUACCAAGCCUUUUGACAGUGUCACAGCUGCCCACUUGCUCAAUCUGCUGCUGCACCAGGAGGCUCUCCAGCAGGCGCUGCUUCACUGUGCCUAUGAGAAAAGUGUUCCUUUAGAGCUACCAGACUUUAUCCAGGCGUCUGCUGUCUCCAUUUUGGAGAAGAACACACUAGCAGUGGUGCUGUUCUUGAUGACAUCUCUGAAGGCUGAGGUUGCUCAGGCUGAGACGUCUCUGCUCGUAGCGGCCUCUUCCUGUCCCUUAUAUGGCAGACUUCACUGUAUCACUGCGGCCCUGCAGCAGCUCAGCACUGGAUCCCUCCAGCUGCAGGCUGAAUGGAGCCAGGUCGUGUCAGAGCUCAUCACUUUAUGCUACAGAAUGUCUGAUGUGGUUUCACCUGUUGUCCAGAGCUCUUCCCCUGAGGGGCUUAUCCCCAUGGACACUGAUUCGGAAUCAUCAUCUGGCCUGCAGAAGAUCCUUCAGGAAAUACAACCUCGAGACACCAAUGACUUUUUCACCAGUGCCCGAGAACUGGACGCAACCUCUGAAGACCAGACGCGCACACCUCAGGCCACGAGCAAUGGAUCUGAACGGGAGACUUAUCGGGUCACGGCUCAGAUGGUUUUGGUGUGUUGCUGGAGGAGUAUGAAGGAGGUGUCCAUGUUGUUAGGGGAGCUGUGUCAGAGCAUGCCUCUAUAUACACAAGUGUCCAAAGGCCUGAUCACUGAAGAGCAGGUGAAGGGAGUAGGACGAUAUUUUCGUGAGCAGCUACUUCAGUCUCGGCACAGAGGAGCUUUUGAGCUGGCGUACGUGGGAUUCGUCCGUUUGACAGACAUGCUGUGCCGGAGUGGAAGCACCGCUUUACAGCAGCUUCCAGCGCAGUGGCUAAAGGAGGUUCUAGAGGAGGUGAAGUGCAGUGACCCUUCUUCCAAACUGUGUGCCACUCGCCGCAGUGCUGGAAUCCCCUUUUACAUCCAGGCGUUGCUGUCCUCUGAGCCGAAAUCUUCCAGCUGUAGCCUGCUGAAGAUGACCAUGCGAGAGCUGACUGCGCUGGCCAUGCCGAGUCACGAUGGCGCUACUGACCGCAGGACUGUCCCACAGGUCCAUGCUUUGAAUAUUUUAAGGGCUCUAUAUCGGGACACGCGUUUAGGAGAAAACAUUGUGCCCUUCGUGGCAGAGGGCCUGCAGGCCGCGGUGCUUGGCUUCACUUCCCCCAUCUGGGCUAUAAGGAACUCCUCCACUCUCCUCUUCAGUACUCUGAUUACGCGGAUCUUUGGUGUGAAGCGAGGGAAGGAUGAGCACUCCAAAAAGAAUAAGAUGACUGGCUGGGAGUUUUUUACUCGUUUUCCCACUCUGUAUCCUUUUCUUCUCAGCCAGCUUGAAGAAGCUGCAAGUUCAGUUGACAGUGAUGCAGGAACCGUGAAGCUGCACCCCAGUCUGUUUUUGCUGCUGCUGGUGUUGGGACGCCUCUACCCGUCACCUAUGGACGGAUCGUCCUCCCCUCUCGGCCUGGCCGCAUUUAGACCCUUCAUAAUCAGGUGUUCUCGAUCUGCUGUGUACCGCACCCGAGAGAUGGCAGCCAGAGCUCUUGUUCCAUUUGUUCUAGUCACGGAAGUUCCCUCCACUAUCAGGACACUACUAGAAGACCUGCCUGUGAAGCCAGGCCCAGGAACGCAGCAGAACCAUAUCCACGGAACACUCUUACAGGUACUCUUUCUGCUGCGAUCCUACUUUGCUGAUGCCCAUCGGCCCCAGACACCAGGAAGAGACCAGGACAGUGACUUCAUCGGGGCCCUCAGGCCAAGAAUUUGGCUGGCCACAAGACAAAACCCAUGUCUGGUGACGAGGGGGACGAUGCUGGACCUGCUUUCUGCUCUGUGUACAUUUCAUUCUGCUCCUGUCGAAGAUUGUCAGCUGAAGAAGCUUUGUGUGGAGACGUUAACCAUCCUCAUGGACUUUGAGCUUGUGGCUCCACGUGGACCUGGUGAGGUCUAUCUCUCUGGCCCUGGGGCCACCCAGUACCUACAGAGUCUGGCCUAUUUAGCAACCAGCAUCGCGAUGGAGUCAUCAGCACUGUGGAGCGCACUGGAAGCAGAGGGGACACUGAAGGAUCUCCUGAGUUGCUUGCUCCGCUGUUCGCAUUACGAAGUGAGGUAUCUCACACUGAAGUGUCUCCUGGAGAGACUGCAGACGAACAAGGACCAACGGUCUCUACCCUGCAGCCUUAGUGUUUCCACUAUAGCCGGUCUGGCAUUGCAUGAGCCACAUCCCAUGUGUCUAGCAAAGAUUCUGCAGCUUCUCUCAGUCCUCCCACUGUCCUCCAUCCUGCCAUGGCAAGACGACGGUAUAUGCCUAACUGACGACAAGGCACUAGACUACCUCCUCUCUGUAGCAGAGACCUCCACAUACAGCUUGGAGCUACAUUGUGCUGCCCUCUCCUUGGCCUCUGGACUGGUGGUGCACCUGGCCAAAAAAAUGCCGUUGGGGGACCCUGUUAAGAUUGUAGAGGCUCACGCCACCCGCUGGGUGGCGCUGGUGACCCAGGACUGUAGUGAGGAGCAGCCAAUCGAGGUCAAACAGGCUGCGGCAGAGGUGCUGGUGAAGGUCACACCCACCCUCUUGACCUCUGCCAAACUGCAUAUGGGUAUCACCCACACCCUGGCACUAUGGCGUAGUCUCUUUACCUUACUGCAGGACGAGGACCAGGACGUAAGAAACAAAGCUGCUGACUUCAUCUGUCACUUGCCAGCACAUCUUAUCACCACAGGUCUUGCCCAAGGAGCCAUUUCUCCCCCUGUUGCGUUGCAGAUGGGAGUGGGAAUUCUGUGCCAGCUAUUCCAGGUGUGGGACCAGGUGGCAAUUGGCAUGAUAACCUUGAUAGAAUGGCUGUUGGGAGAUAACCAGGAAGAGCUAGGCAUUGGGAAAACACUUGACUUGGAUGAGGAGUUCCUUUUCGAGAAGGGAGAACUGAACUUGUGGGCGGAGCCUUUGCAGUGGGCACGGUUGCUACACAGACACCUGUGCGCUCUCUUCACAGCAUCAGACUCACCCACUUUGUGCCCAGCAGAGCUUGACCGUUUGUCCGCCCUAGCUUGUGCUUAUGCUGACUCAGCCCAACAGGCAAUGAACUCCCUCCCUGUGCUCCCUCAGUUUUCUGCCACCGUAGAGCAUGCGAAGUUAACUCUGCUAAACGAGCGGGCAACACUCGCUCAAAAUGUGCUGGCAACAAUAAGGGGAAAAACAGACUCUGGCUGAGAAGCAGAAGUGUUUCAGAUUCCUCUUCUAGUAAAUUGAAAUGAAAAUAAAAAUUAGGGAAUUUUAAAUUACCUUAGACUGCUUACACUGUCUGAGUUAUUGUUUGGGUCCCCAGAAGCCAAGUCAUGUCAUAGAAAUGCAUCGACUCUGUGACCUGUGUAUACAUAUCAGGAAUAUUUCAUAAUUUCCUCUUUAAAGCUAUAGUAGUUUUACUUCUGCAAGACCAACCCAGCUCGAGUGUAAACAAUGUUGCUCAGUUUUGCAUGUUAAAUAAGUGAACAAUGUGCAAGAAUGGCCCUUUUGGAACAGUUUUUUUUUUUUUUAAUCAAAAUAAAAAUUGAGUUUUACUAUGA